AUGUCUGUCCACUUCUUAGUAAGAGCUCCCACACCAGACACCCCAGCGAGCGUUGUGUCCCUGCUACCCUACUACAACCUGCCAGCCAACGGUUCCCUCAACCUCCGUGAUGGAGUGUGGCGUAAGAAGAACUUCAUCAUGAAAGAGCUGGGUCUUGACAAAGGCUUCGAGCCCAUCAGAACAGGGCCGUUCGCUGGCAUUCGCAACUUGGGCGCUACGUGUUACGUGAAUUCCCUAUUGCAAGCUCUCUUCUUCACUAAGCCCUUCCGAACGGCGACCCUCAAUCUUCCGACCGCCGACUUGAACGGCCGCAGUUCGGCAUUCAAUCAGCAGGCCGCUAGCCUGAGGGCACUGCAGGUGCUAUUCGGUGAGAUGCAGUGUGGUAUCAGCGCAACGUGCGAGUCGUCGGUGACGGCAUUCGUGGAGGCGUGUAAGAUCCACACUUCGACGCACGAGGACCCUAGUGAGUUGGCUAUGCUCUUGCUAAGUUGGCUCCAACGACUGAUUCCGAAAGGAGUUCCUGACUUCGUCGAAGAGACCUUUGGUGGCCUGGUGAUAUACGAGACGACCUGUCGAAGCUGUGGGUCCAUCUCCAAACAGACGGAGGUCUUUGCUGAGAUGCGCGUGCCUUUGCCCUACGCCCCUACUUCUGGUGGCGAGGUCCUCCUGGAAGAUCUGGUUGCUGACGUUUUUGCUCCAGAGGUGUUCUCGGACGAAAGCCACUACUACUGUUGUGCAUGUGGUAAGUACUGCGAGGCGGUCCGUCGGCAGUGGAUCAAGUCGGCGCCUCCGUUCCUGUGGAUCACCAUGCAUCGUUAUGCUUUCACCGAUGGGGUCCGGCGGAAGAUUCUGACCGAGCUGUCGUUCCCUCUCACUGGUUUGGACUUGACCCCGUUCAACGCCAGGGUCUACGACUGUGUAGGUGCCCUGGAGCAUCACAGCACGGUGGCUCAUGCAGGUCACUACACGGCCACUCUCAAGGACCACAGUACUGGUAUAUGGUGGCGCUUUGAUGAUGGUCACGUUCGCGAGGUUGACUGGGCUCCGGUCGAUGGAGAGCUGCAGGCUGGAGAGUCCCCCUCGGAGCGAGCGCUGAAGAGAAGGCGAACGGCACCGGAGAGAGCGACCUCGCAUACGGCGUAUAUGCUAUUGUAUGUCCAGCAGGGUUACAAGGUCGACGAUUGUCCGGACCUGCCUCCUUGGCUGGCAGCUGAGGUGAAUAGGAAGAAUGAGGCCCUUAGACUGCCGGAAACCUUCGACCAUCAACGCUUGUGUGAGUCGGCGAGUGUGGCACAAGAGACACGCCGUGGGGAGGUGCGGAAGCUGAUCACGAAGUUACCACAUGCUCAUGAGGCUGUGAAGGGUCCUGGUGAUCUGGUCUUCGCCCCUGCCUUGGCGUUGAGGGAGUGGUCCAAGGGCACGGACGUGGUCAGGAGCCUGUUGGCUGAGGUUGGGGUGAUGAGUAAUGUGGACGACAAUGAGAGGAACGUAUUGGAGUCCCUAAAGGGGGAGAUGUUAUGCAAGCACGAGCGUGUGGACCCAUUGAGUGUGUACGCGAGUCGGUGUAGGUUGAUACCAGAGGAAGCGGUGGGGGAGUCUUUGAGGCCAGCGGUGGUGUCGAUGACGGGCAAGGAUGGUGUAUGCGUGGAGUGCUGUCGAGAUCUGCAUGCUCUAGUGGCCGACUUGAGGGAGUUCAACGAGACUUGCCAACGUCUUCAACUGGAGCCUUCAAGCGCCCCUUGUGCGAGCUGUGUGUGGGUGUGGUUUAAAGCACUGCCUCGUAUUAGGCUGGCAAGUGUUGGUAGUAAGAAGACCACUGCUGGGCGGCAGCGAAAGCACUUCGGUCGGACCCCUCCGUCAACGCCCAAUAGCUCCCCUCGGCUCACUUCUCUGGGCGGUUCAGCUUCUUCUGGUAAGGUUAGCAACGAUGUUAUAUGGCAGACCCUGGUUCGGGCUAAACUGAGGGAGCCUCGGCCGGCGGCCCCUUGGUCCUCAUCGCCGUCGUCGUACUGGGAGCCGAGCCCUUCUCCGAGUAAUGGUGAUUCUGAAGGCUCCGACACGGUGUCAACGGCGCCUAGUUCUUUGGGGGAGGUGGACCUAUGCAGCGGUUGUAUAUGUGAACAUGGUAACCUCAGCUGUGCCCGGCCAACACCGACCACUCGAGUGCUUCGGUCUCGCCGACUCAUUGAGAGGGCUAUUGAGCAAUCUAAUGGUCUGUCCACGAGGCUGCCGACGCUCGUGCCGAAGCUACGGAUGGAUAUGUGGAUACCCGGGGAUGCCCAGGUGUGCCCCGUGUGUCACGGUAAAGGGCCAAAGACGAGGGCUGGCCCUGCUGAGAAGCUGAACGCCGAGUCGUUGGAUUUGAUGGGCGCGACUACCGGUCUUGGCGGAGGUGGCUCGAGAGAGGUCUAUGGCUUGCCUUCGACGCCUGAGUUUGCCGAGGACGGUUUGCCUUUCCCUGUGUUCGACGCUGUCGAUUUGGAGGUCCGGUCGAAGGACUGGGGCGGGUCGGUGAGCAGAGGGGUCCGCUUGGGGACGCUACGAGAUGUACGGCCGAACACCAGCGGGUAUGAUAUGCGGUUGCAGAUUAUGACUUUGGGGAUGGUGCCGAAAAACGUUAAGGUUAAGUUGGUGUUGCAGGUCUGUAAGGAGACUGACUCGGCUCCUGAGGAGAGGGAACUUGCUGAUGAUACCAGAUUUGGUUACCUUUGUCGCCACCCCAAGAUUGCAAAGUUAUGGGUGUGUAAGAGCGAGAUCGAUACUGCUACUGCCAGCCCUACGCCGACAAGCCCUCCGGGGCCGCCUAAGGGGAAAAGGACAGCGCCGUCGGGCUCGACAGCGGCUGAGCGACGAAAGCGACGGAACCAGCGAGCGGAGGGUGGCCUUAGCAUGCCCGAGGAGGAGGAGACGCAGAGAGGCCGCCCGGCCUAG